UCUUGGAAAUUGAUGGAGAAUCCUCACAACAACUUUUUGGGAAGAAAAGGAAGAAUUUUUUAAAACUAAACUUGUGUCUGAAGUCUUUAUUAAAAUUUUAUAAUUUGCGCGUAAUUUUUUAAAUUAGUCAGUGUGUUAAAUUAUUUAAUCAUCGUUCAAUUCACAUCGCAAGCAUGAGUGAAAUCAAAGUUGAUCCGAAACUCGAUGAUAAGGACAAUUUAGCUGUGGGUGUAAAUAGUUAUCCGAAAAAUAUACAAGAAUUAACUGAUUACAUCCAGUCAUUAUUGCAACAAAUUCAAGAAAAAUUCCAAACAAUGUCAGAUCAAAUAUUAACGAGAAUAGAUGAUAUGGGUAAUCGUAUCGAUGAUUUAGAAAAAAAUAUAGCUGAUUUAAUGACACAAGCUGGAGUAGAAGCACCGGACAAGUAAUUCUUUCAAUAUUUUUGCAACUGAAGUUCAUUCAAAAACAAUUCCGCAACAGCACAGCAUCGCUAACUGGAUCACGAUGAUUUUUCUAAUUGAUGUAUUCUUAUUUCAUCUAAACAUAAGUUUUUAUUACUUUCGUUAAGUUCAAUUAUUAUUUUCGAUACUUUAAAUCAGGUACUUGUUUGUUUUCCAAUUUUUCAUUUUUCUGUCAAUGAAGACUUCUUCGCAUUUAUUUCACAUCAAUUCGUUAAGCUUUCAGACUCUGUUCUCAAAAGUUUCCAUGUUACCGAACGAAUUUCUGAGUUAAUUAUUUAUUUAUUAGUUUGUAUCAAUUUAUUAAAAGUACUGGUAAAGCAUGUGUAGAUUUCGAUUGUAAAAUUUACUAAAAAGAUUACGCCAAAUAUAGUUCUAUUUUUAUUGAUGAA